AUGAGAGGUUUGAAUCACCUAGAGAACAAGGGAAUAGCAAGGAAUAUUAUUCAAAACGCAGCUACAAACGCAGCAAGAGAAGAAUUAACUAAUACAAGUGAUAAUACAAAAAAUAAAAUCAAACAAGAACUAACUGAUCUAGAAAAUAAUGAUAAGGUAAGAAGAGCAAAGAAAAAAAUCAUUAAAAUCCUAGGCGAGGUUGAUGAAGAACAAGUACUUGUUGAAUUGAAGGUAAUCAAAAAAAAAGACUUGAUGUUUUAUACAAGGGUUUUUGAGGAUCAUAAGAAAGAACUUGAUAAAUAUGGAACUACAGCAUUUUUUUUGUAAAAAUGCGAGAUUAUAUUACAUACUAGAAAAAUCAUCUGGCAAUAACUUAUUAUCAAAGCGAAUUAGGGCAUUAAAAACGAAAUUCCACAAUUUAUCAGAGAAGAAUAUGAAUAAUGCUAUGAAAAUACUAGCCGAUAAUGAGUUAAGGGAAUUUUAUGAUACAGGAGUACAAAAUGGAACGCCUUCUCCUAUUGUAACUUAUGAAGAAGGCAAAACUAAAAUCAAGGGUGAGAAAAAGGAUAUUGAGAUACUGAAGGGAGGCUUAAAAAAGUAA